ACGAAAGACAGUUACUUACACGGUGUCGUCACGUCCCAUGCCAUUUUGCCAGCUAUGACACCGACGCGAUUCCAUUAAAUUACUUUUUUCUUUUUCUUUUUCUUUUUCUUUUUCUUUUUUAUGAUUAAAAAUAAAAUAUAUCCCAUUUCUUUACUUCAGCCCUUCACGAUUCUCUCCUAUAAAUACCCCUUUCCCACGCCUUGCCUAACCUUCUUUCGCCUCGCAUUUCGCUCGCUCCGCAUUCCGCCUCCUUAAGCUAAGUCUCCUUUUCCUUUCUUUCUUUCUUUCUUUCUUUCUUUCUUUCUUUCUUUUUUAUCUCUUUCCUUUCUCUUUCUUGCGUUUCUCUUUUUCAUUUCUCUCUCUUCUCUUUUGAUUCUCUUCUUCAAUUUGGAAUCUCUCUUCCCUUGAUUUCUGCCUCUUCUUCCUUCAUUCAUAUCUCCUACUCCCUCUGUUUGUCUCUCUUCUUCUGUUCCAAUAUCCAGGUUUUCGUUUGCCCUUCCUUCUAGGGUUUUGUUGAAUUUCCUCAGAUGUUUUUAGGUUUUCUAUGACGUUCUCUUUAUUAAGGCGACGUAUUCGUAUCCUCCACUCGUUUUCUGUCGUCUUUCUCUACUGGUUCUACGUUUUCUCAUGAACUACUGAUCUUCAACUUCUUCUUCCUCCUUCGAAUUCCAUUCAUUCAGCUGUACAUCGGGACGUUCGUUUCAUUUUUAUCGGGUUAGAUUCUGAUAAUAGGGCUUUUGACCUCGAGAUUAAUUCACGGGAAGUAAUUGAAAGAGACGAUUAUAUAUAUAUAUAUAUAUAUAUAUAUAUAUAUAUAUAAAUAAAUAUGGCUUCUAUUCCAAGGCAAACCAGUUCGGGAUCUAAUGGAGCUUCUCCUCCAUCUGCUCUUCCUGAUGAGAGGAAGAGGAAGCGGAUGCAAUCUAACCGUGAAUCGGCUCGGAGAUCUCGGAUGAGAAAGCAGAAGCAAUUAGAGGAUCUUGCUGGUGAGGUAAGCCGAUUACAAAUUGCCAAUAAUCAGCUUGUGCAGAGCAUUGGUGCAAAGGAGCAAGCUUUUGUCCAAGUCGACAACAUGAAUAAUGUUCUCAGGGCUCAAGCUAUUGAACUCACUGAUCGUCUGCGCUCCUUGAACUCUGUCCUUCAUAUUGUAGAGGAGGUUAGCGGCCUUGCUAUGGAUAUCCCUGAAAUACCCGAUCCGCUCUUGAAGCCCUGGGAGCUCUCUCGCCCAGUUCUGCCUGUAGCUGACGUGUUCCUCUGUUAGUCACUCCUUAUUAAGGGGAUUAGGGAUCCCACAUUUGCGAGUCUUUUUGUCCAUUGGAACCAUAGUCGUUUUUGAAUUUAUCGCAGGUCUUAGGAUUCUGCUGUUUGUGUCUGUGUUUGCGUGUCAUGUAAUAGUGGUUGGUUGUGUAUCUGCAAGUGUGGAUUAGUCAGGACAAUGUCUAGAACACGGUACUUUAUGUGUUUUUUGUUUAUUGAAAUGAUACACUAAUGUUAUCUGUAUUUCGGAACUUCUAUACAUGCUCGAUCUACUGAUUUCUCUAUGAGUAAUUGCUGAAACGAAGAAGUUGAUAUCAAUGACGUAGAAUUUGAUCUUCUACAUUGAAAUAUUGAUGAUGCAAAGAUCUGUGGGUGUUUCCUGUUAAUUUUGCUGUUUUAGAAUAUGGGGUUGUUGCAUUUUGAACCGAGUUCAAUUCUAUCCCUGUUACAAAUUUGAUUUAGAUUAUCAGGAAUUUUGCCGCCUUACCUUUUGAAUUGAUUCAUUACAGUUGAAUAAAAAAAAAAAAAAAAGUCUCGUGGCUGGAUUUGAUUCAUGGUUAUCACGGAUGAGAAAGGAAUAUGCCUCAGAUUGUGGGCUGGAGAAACCCCAGAUGAGUACUGUUCCUUAUACUAAUCCAUUAUGUAAUGAUAGAGUUGAUAUAUAGAAUAUAUAUUUUUCUAUGUUGAACUUCUUUGAUUUUAUCCUCUUGGAUUCUUCCUGGAAUCUUGUUUCUGGUCUUUAUUUGGACCUCCUCUUUGGUUUGGCUUUGUGUGCUGCAGCAGGGUCUUUUGUAGUUGGAGUUGGUAGGUAGGGGAAUUAUUUAAUAGGAAAAGAGGUAGAUAAAUACAAUAAACAGAGUCUCUUUCCAUUAAUAGUUUAUUUUAUUUUGCUAAAAGGUACGUUUAGAUAUUAUAAUGAAGAUUAUAGAUAUAAGUCAAAUUAGUCCAAAAACACAAUAUGCUUUUAUUCUACUAUUGCUUGUCAAUGAGCAAAUUUGACCUGCCUGCCCCUUGGUUCCGUGGGUAAAUCUAAAUUAUCAAAUGUGAAAUUGUGUAUUUCUUCUUCUUUUAGAAUGUGCUGUGAUUCUUUUCUUCAUAAACUAAACUUAUUCUCUAAAAGUAGCCUUCUCGCCACAAAUUGCAUAGAUAUAAAAUCUAAAGGUGACGUAAUUUUCCAUGGUCUCUGUUUCUUUAAUGAAGAAACUAUCAAACUGCCACUUGUUUCUCGUAUUUACUUUUAUUUUUAAACAAUCUAGUUCUGUCUGAUUCUGUUGCUGUUCUAAUAAAACUGUUUUCGGUCUUUGGGACAAAAUUUUAGUGAGUAUUUUGUUGAUUGGUUUUGAAAAGUUAUCCUGUCGCAGGUUCUUUAGAUAUUUUCAUAGAUGUGUGUGGUUGUCUUUUUGAUGAUUAUUGAACUACUUAGUUGAUACCCUUUCUGUUCUUUGAAGUUUGGAAUGUUAGUCAACCUGAAUUGUUUUUCUUGUUCGCACUAAUCAUUCUACAUCUUUAAACUAGUUUUCUCCCCAGAGUUAAUGGGAACAUUACAGAAGUUGACGGGAAAAAUUCAUAAGAGUGAUUUUUAAUUUUAAGAAUAUCCAUAGAAAAUGAAAAGAUAAAACGAAUAAGAAAAACGUAAUUUUCAAAAAUAAAAAUGUUCACAAAUAAAUGAGGCCUCUUUUUGUUUUGAAAUAACAUCAAAGAGGACCUUGAAAAAUGAAAAAUAAGGGUCUUUACACUCAUGACAGUGUACUCUCAAUGUGCAAACCUUACAUCAUAUCAAUGAGAUAUGUUUUCAAAAAUAAGUUAUUUAGUUUUUAUUAUAUUUACAUAGGUGAGGUUGCCAAAAAUUGUUUUGAAAUCAAUUACCUCAAGAGUAGGUUAGUGUAUGACAUGUAGUCUACUCUCUGAUAUGCAAUUGCCAAGCUUUUACAUAUCCUUUGAGAAUACAAUCAUAUUGAAGCCUUGAGGAAAAAUUGUUAAGUCUAAGGAGUUAAUAGUGAACCUCAAGAAAUAGUUGAGUUUAAGGAGUUUAUAAGGUAUAACAUGAUGAGCUUUAGUAGUGGCAUCUAUAAACCCUUGGGUCAAACAAAUACUAAUGUCUCCAACUUCAUAUUUCUCGACUCCUACUCUUACUCUUUGGUCUAAACAGCCUUUUUAAGUGGUUCCAAAUUGAAAGUUUAAACUCAAACCUCUGCUUCCAUUCCAUAUGUAGAAGUACUGGGAUGGUCUUUAUUGAUUUUUAAAUUCACAAACCAUGAAACAUAAUUUGAAUUAAUUGAAAACUGAAUAAAGUUUUCCUUGUCUAUCUGCAGAUAAAAUUUCAUCCUUUAUAAUUCCCUAGGUUCCCACUUGCUCUUGAUAGGCAAUUCAUAAGCAAGAAAUUACCAAAUGUAAUGAACCUCCUUAAAGGGAGACAAGGCUUUGACCUCAUAAACACUUCUAAGGAUUUGCUUAAGAUUAAUCUAUAAAGAGUGCAAUAUUUUUACUUGAUUAAUACAUUAGAUAAUAUCUAAAGCUUUUAACUAAGACAAGUUUAUGGCCAUUUCAUGCAACUUUUGUAAAAUCAACAACUUUAAAAAGUUACACAACGAUAUGUCAUCCAAUAACUUUAAUUCAAAUCAAUAUGUAGAUGAAAUAAAAUGUCUAAAACUUAAUAUCAUUUCAUUACUCAGUUGUCGUAGGUGCGACAUUCCUCAGUCUCUGGGUUGUCCUUGCAAUAGUUUUCCAAUGGAUCCGAUUCCUUCUUUCUGUCACGUGCAUGGCUUGCUGCUGCGCUUAAUUCCUCAACUUCGUCCCACGCUGCAGCACACUCGCCACUCACGGGGUCACCUGCACAAGCCUCCUCCGCAUUUUUUAUGCUCUCUUCUACCUUAUCCGAUAUCUUAUCCGGUGCAGCAUGAACCGGUGGGACUCUCAACCUUAUGGCUCCAACUCGGGUCGAUUGCUUCCACGAGCAGCGGAGCCACCCAACAUUGAGAGGCUGUACUUUAGGUGUCUGGGCUGCCUUGGCCAAGAUUCUUGGACUUGAGAGGUUCACUCCGGAAAUGGUAGCCAUAUCUUUGUGUAGGGAAGAAGUAAUGUUAAAGUUCAAUUGUGAGCUUGAAGAAGGAUAUAAAUCAU